CGGCCGGUCGGGUCCCUCGGAGGGGUGGCGAGCCGACGACAUGACGUCAUCGCUCCUCUCUGAGCGGAGCGAUGACGUGGGAGAGCGUGGGAGUCUGUGGGAGUUGUGACCCGACAUGUGUUGAGGUAGCGGAGGAGGUUGGAGGUAGUUGGUGGUGGUGGUGGGGGGAGAGCUUCACGGGCACAGUGGGGCUGCAGAAAGGGUGCAGGGGAAGGGAUCCCUAAUCUAGAUUUGAAGCUUUCGUGACUGUAGGAAUCCAUCCUCUUUGGUUAUUUAGGUUAAAGUCACGUGGGUAGAAAUAAUAUUUUAUUUCACGUAGGUAUAAAUAAAAUAAUAUUUUACUACUACUACUACCAACGUGACUUUAACAUGAUACUUUAGUUCUACCUACGUGACUUAUCGUGAAAGAACCAACGAGUAAGGAAGGGGGUCCUGCCCGAGAGACUAGAGAGGUGAGGGAGGAGCGAGCGAGUAGGGGCGCGGGCAGACGUGUUCGUCUGGCGAGGUGUGUGGGGAGAGAGGUACAGUGCUGGGAGACAGUGGGUGGUUACUAUAACAGAAGAGAGAUAACGAACGAUACACAAACCUAAGGAGCUAGAGAGAGAGGGAAGGGGGAGAGACGAGGAGCCAGAUUAAGAGAUGUAAUAACACUAGUAUGGCUCAAUCUCCAAGCGUCUUCACGAGUUGAACCCGCCGCGUCGUAAAUCGAAGCUCAGCUAUAUCGCUUACACGCGUCGUAAAAACACACGCACACACAGGGUACUUGAUUAGUAUUGUCGUAGCGUAGUGUUAGUAGUAAUAUAUAUUUGUUUAAAAUUUAUAUAUUGUUAGUGUGUGAGAUAGCCGUGUAAAGUCUGUGGGGAAGCCUGGAAGCGAUGGCAUCUGUCAGCUCGACUCAAGCCAGCGAAGGCAAUGGUGAGUGUAGUAAUGACGACGUGUUCAGCGGUGAUGGCGGAGGCGGAACGGACGGCACCUUGGCAAACGAGGUCCUGCGCCAGCUGCCGAGCUACCGUACCAUGACGAUGACGCUGCGGGUUGCCCGGCGCGCCAGCGCGCGGACGUUGGCGCGCCGGCGCAGCGCCUCCCGCGCCCGCGGAGCCUCGCUGGCCUCGGAGCUCACGACCGACUCGGCGUCCAACGGCGCCGGCGUGGCGCAGGCCGCCCCGGCACCCGUGCGAGACAUCACUGUGUGCAUGGCCGCCAAGAGGGUGGAGCGGAUCCGGAGGAAGGACAGCUCGGCGCAGCUGACCACGUGGCAGGGUUGGAAGCGCAGUCAGUGGAAGAGCCUCAAGCGCCUCAACACCUUGGUCAAGUCCUGGCUCAAGGGCCUAGUGCUCUGGAGGUCCUCAAUCCACCAGAUUGAGGGAAAGUUCGGCACGGGGAUCCAGGCCUACUUCUCCUUUCUGAGGUUCCUCGUCGUGCUCAACGCCGUCAUCUUCCUUCUCAUGCUCUGCUUCGUCACGGUGCCAGCGAUCGUAGGGCAGCAUGUCGCCCACCCCUCCUCCUCCUCGGCCACCACCGCCCUGGCCUCCACCAACGACACAUCGGACAUGAACAGAAGCUCAAACAGUAACGCGAACGUCUCUGCAGAAGCACAGCGGAUGAUCAAUCCCGUUUGUGCACAAUAUGACCCGACAAACAGCGGGCUGGUGCACUACUACCAUCGCAUCCUGGACCUGCUCUCUGGCACAGGAUUCCUGGAGCCCACCAGCCUUUUCUACGGGUUCUACGGCACGGGCUCGUACGACCUGCCAGCGGACGUGCGCUACAACCUCCCGCUCGCCUACCUGCUCACGACGCUCGCCUACCUCGUGCUCAGCCUCGUGUGGAUCGUCAAGAGGUCGGCCGAGGGCUUCAAGCACAGCCUGGUGCAGACGGAGGAGCGCUUCUGCAACUACUGCAACAAGGUGUUUAGCGGCUGGGACUUCUGCAUCAGCGACCCUGACGCCGCCGCCCUCAAGCAGAGCAGCAUCAGCUUCGAGCUGCAGGCCGACCUGGAGGAGGAGAAGAUCCGGAGCAACAUCCGCGGGCGCAGCGCGAUGGAGCGGCUGCGCAUCUACUCGCUGCGCGUGCUGCUCAACGUGGUUGUUCUCGGCCUACUGGCAGCUUCCUUCUACAGCAUCUACGUGGCCACCAUCGACUCGCAGGCGCUGCUCAUGCAGCAUGCGGCAUCAGAGCAGAAGAGCCGGUUCAUCGUGAGCCUCGUCGUCGAGUACCUGCCAUCGAUCGUCAUCACGGCCGCCAACUUCCUCAUGCCCGUGCUCUUUGAGGUCAUCAUCACGUUCGAGGACUACACGCCCGACUUCGAGAUCAAGCUCCUGCUCAUCCGGACGGUGUUCCUGAAACUCGCCAGUAUCGCGGUGCUGCUCGUCUCCCUGUGGAUCCAGAUCGUGCGCUGCGACGGAGUCGUGUGUGAGCCGUGCGGAUACAACCACAAGACAUACCCCUGUUGGGAGAACCGCGUGGGCCAGGAGAUGUAUAAGCUCACCAUCUUCGACUUCAUCAUCUUUGUGGCCAUGGUCCUGUUCAUUGAGUUCCCACGCAAGAUCAUCGUGACCUACUGCCCGUUCAAGAUCGUCCAGCUGCUGGGCACGCAGGAGUUCUCCAUCCCGCAGAACGUGCUCUCCAUCGUCUACUCGCAGACCAUUUGCUGGAUCGGCGCCUUCUUCUCCCCGCUCAUCCCCCUCAUCGCCAUGAUCAAGUACAUCAUCUUCUUCUACCUGAAAAAGCUGAGUCUCUUUGAGAACUACCUCCCCUCUGUGCGCCCGUUCCGCGCCUCCAGCUCCAACUUCUUCUUCCUGCUCGUGCUGCUCUUGGGCCUGGUGCUGGCGGCAGUGCCCGUCGGCUACAGCGUCGCCAGCAUGGCCCCGUCGCAGUCGUGCGGGCCGUUCCGUGGGGCGACACGCGUCUGGGACGUGGUGCCCGCGUCCGUGCGGUCGUUGCCACCCGCGGCGCAGAAGCUGCUCAACGUGCUCAGCUCGGAGGCGUUCGCCGUGCCCCUCUUCAUCCUCAUCUGCCUUGUGUUGUUCUACCUCAUUGCGCUGGCGGGCGCGCACAAGCGAGUGAUCCACCAGCUGAGGGAACAGCUGGCCAUGGAGGCCAAGGACAAGCAGUUCCUGAUAACGAAGCUGAUGGAGAUGCAGUCGAGUGGCCCCUCGGAGUCGGAGAAAAGGCGCGCCUCCGUGAGGGAGAGGGCCAGCCGAGCGGCACGCGGCGGCGGCGGCGGCCGGCCGGACGACCCGGCACGGCCGCCGCUUCCCGGCGCCGUCUGCUGAGACCGGCGUCGCAUCGGGGCUGCGAGAUCGUCUGUCGCGACGGCGAGUCGCGGCGUACGAGGAGUACGACGAUGACGACAGCGGCGGCUGAGCCACGGGGAGGGCGAUGACACGGCCGAGCGGCAGCCGCUUGUCGCAGAUGUUCGCGGUUCGAGCCCGGCAGCCGCAACCCCCCCCUCCCCCCCCACCGGUCAAUUCUGGGGGUGUCCAAUCGAGCGUAAAUGCCCCACGUGCCGGCAGCUUCACUUCGGACGUUUAAAGAUCCCGUGACGUUAUUUGACAAGAGGGUACGCCGCGGUGUACCGGCGUCACGGGCCACGUUUGCAAUUUUUUUAAGGUGACUCUCGCAACCCACCUGGCACACCAGUUGUCACGAGACCGCUGCUGCAUUCGCAGUGUGCUGCACACAGGGUCAGCUGUCACUAGGGGUCCCCUUUGGCAGGGCACCCCGAGAUGUGUACCCCAUGGGAGGCGUAGUAUGAAUAUUAUGUGAUGAUGAUGAGGGAGGAGAGACUCCCCCGUGGGUUGUGGUAGAGAGAGCGUGGCGUGGAGUGGUUCACAAAGCUUGGAGACUAAUCGAGGUAUGUCCGGGAACAAUGUGAUACCCCACGUUAUCGAAUUCAUUCGGCAGCCUUCUGCGAGGGGAGAUGAUACAAUAGGGGGUGGACUGGGUGAGUCUUCCAGCGAAACUACCAUGGGGUACCGUAAGUCAAAAGAAGUCGGUGACUUUCUGCCAAAAUGAGCACUGAAGUGGUGCUCGCCUUCUUGUUUACAUCCCCGAGCCAGCAGUGGAUAUUCCACAUUCCUAUGGCGGAGUUUCGGUGUGUCUAUAUAAUGACCAUUGUUGACUUGAUGUGCCCGAGUCAACACCCAAGCAGGAUUUAAACUGGGAACCUUCCAAUCGUGAGCCCCUUGCUCAGCCGCUGAGCCAACCAGCCUGGUUAUCUUAAAUAAAUAUGAAUACAUAUCCACGUGGGUUAUCAAGCUUUUUUCCAGGGCACCCCCUUAAUUCAUGACUGGAGCUGGGUUAGGGCACAGUUUUGCAUGAACUGCAAGUUAUAUUUAUUUAUCUGUGCCUGCCUAUCUGACUUGUUAUUUUUAUUCUUCAGUCGAAAUCUAUUGUUGUCGCUGGUUUUUAUCACAGUGUUCUAUACACAUAAAUAUAUAUAUACCGUGAACUGUAACCGGUGAGAAUGUGGACUUAUUGUAAUGUGCAGUGAUACCAGCCAGGAACCUGGCUGAUCGCGAGUUCGUUAGGAGCAGCAAUCUCCAUCACUGUAGAUAGUCGGGUACAAACAUUUUUGUCAAAAUGGUAUUUAAGUCUGCAUUUCUAAAGGUUUGUACUGUGUUAGUAUCUGUAUUCUUAUUACUACUACUACGUUAGUUCACCCAGGAAAGCCUCGCUGAGUCUUGAGACUCUUUUUCAGGAGGGUCCUGCCAAGUCUCCGCGCAUUAAGGGGCGACGUUCGCUGCUGCCGUUUGUAGUCCGAUGCUGACCCUGCCGGCGACGGGGAUAUUUCGAUGUGGAGCGGCGCCACAACGUCACGCCCGCUACCGAGCUAGUAGCAGCCAGUAGUUGUCACUACAGCUGCAACAGUUGAGCUUGAAAGUGGGGGGUUGGGGGGCCGAUCUGUGCAGUACCUUCUCUGUAGUGUAAGCGAUGACCACCAGGUACCGGGACCGUUGGUCGUUGGUGAGUUAAUGGCACAUUUAUCUUUAUGCAGUCUAACCCAAAAAAUAAAACUUUCUUACGAAUUAAUAUUGGUCGCGAAAGCCUUCGCGUUAAACUCGGCGGGUACCAUUCGCAAGUAGCCCUGCACCCUCCCCCUUCCCCCCGGCAACCUGGCCCCCUGCUACCGAGAAACGGGGAACCGGGCUUCGCUUUCCGCGUGUAAUUUCCUCCGGUCACACGGGAACGGUUUCGGCGAUGAUCUCGCGAAGCCGUGGGCCCGUGGGAUCGGAUCGCUGGAUUCUGAGCCGAGUUUGGUGGCUUGCAGCAGCGAGCAAACCUCUUCGGUGGCCAACUUGAGGCAGGCUGAAGCUGCUACAGCGGUGUUAACGGGCAGCAGCGCGCCGGACUUGCAAUCCAGAGGUUGGAUUUCAUCUCCCGGCUCGGCAGUUGAGACAACGGUGCGAAAUUCUGAAAUCCACCACCCCAUUCCACCUCUGUCCACCCAGCGGUAGAAAUGGCUACACUGUAUUUAGUUAAUUCGUAGGGGUGCGUGUGGUGGGGUAAACUGUGGUACUUCUACAACUUCCAAGACUUCUUGCCAAUGCGCGUGAAUAGUCCAAGAGACCUCGCUCCCAGUGGAGGCUCUGGCUCCGAGCAGUAGUGUGAGCAAGGAGUUGAGGGGGUGCACCUCUGGCCUGCUGUCUUACGAGGGUGGCCUGGGUAUCAGCAGUGUCUACGUGGAAACUCGGGCCUAAGGUGCGAGGAAGGAAAACCAAAAAAUAGUAUUUCGUGUGUAAGCAAGCUUAGGUGAAUAUUGUGAACUUUUUAGUAUUUUACAUGGACCGUAAACAUGCAUGACACGCGCGCGUAGUGCGUGGUGAGAUUUUUUUUUUAAACGCCGCUCGCUUUGCUCACUACUUUGGGGAUUAGCGUGGUUUUGUGGUUUUUAUUCUUGUGAAGCAGGCGACAGAAAGCAUCUCGCUUUUACAGUAAAAGCUAAUUUUGUUAAAUGUUGAUAGCAGUUUUACAUGAAAUAGUUUUAUAAGAAUAGCAUGUUGAAUAAAAGGUCAUUGUUUUUUUUAAAUGUAGUCGUGACAAUAAUUUUGCGAGAUUUGUUUUGUUUAAUUAUUUGUUUUAAACAUGAACGUAUUCCUGCAAUAAAUACCGGACUGUUUACAACUCUUU